UUCCUGCUGGACUUUUAGGCCGUAGAAUCACUGAGGAUUUCAACGAUCCUAACAUAGGCUGUUAGUAUUUUCUUGAAACUUGUUGACCAUGAGGACUGUGGAGCAAAGGAGAUUGAGAAGUUUGUCAUCACCUUGAUGUCUUCCAAUAAAGCUCAUGGCCAGUGAUGAUGACACACCUGCAGCAGAGUCAACAGAGAUGGACUCCAACCAUGGAGCCUUCCCCAGUUUUACUUUCCCUCAUGAUCCUAAACCAACAGACGACACCCUUGUGCAGAGACAUCACUUGUUUCAGGAGUAUGGCCUGUAUGAGGCAGUAGAUUUGAGAGAUGGAGCUGAUGGACUGGCCACUUUGGCAAGAAAGUGUCAUGGGACUGACCAAGAUCAACACAAGGCCUUCUAUGCACCUGAACCUACCUUACCUCUUCUACCUCCCAAUCAAGCCUGCUCUAUACACGAUGUGGACCAAGCAGAUGUUGUGAAGCAGCUGUACCUCAUGCGUCCCGGGCAGGGGAGACAGCACGUGAGCUGUACUCGGGUCCAGGACCAGAUCAAGUACCUGUACCAGCGCCAUGCAGACAUCAUGUUUCACACAUCCUCACACCUUCUGUGGGAAUACUUUAUAGACAUGCCAGGAAAGAAAUACAGUAGAGUAGUGAACACCCUGCACUCCAGGGGGGAUGUGAUCCCAGUACGGAUGUCGUAUGUGCAGAAGUGUGCGUCAGACUUCUCCUCACUGCUAGAUGAUGUGCUGUGUGACAUUCCCAGGGAACUACUGGAGAAUUACAUCAACGAGGACCUCACAGUAUGGAGGGACAGAUUAAUAGCAGAUUCAGCUGAGACAGGAGGAAGCAUGUGCUACCAGGAGCUCUGCAGUACUUCACAUGACUGCAAGGGUGCGAUAAUGUACCCAAGUUCUGCCUACUUAGAUGUUCUCAAUGUUGGAACACUGUCAGUAAAACAUCGGGCCAAUGAUAGUGUCAUUUCCCAAAACACAGAAGUUGUGGUAGAUCCCUACACUCAGCAGUUUUCUCUGAAUGGCAGAAUUCUUCAGUGUGAGUCAGUAAAAGUCCAGAAUCAAGACAUGUUUGCAGUGAGAAGUAACUAUCACUGCACCACAUUGUCCUUUGACUCCACUGAUGGAGACCAGGGACAAGCAAAGGUGCUUCAAACAGUGCACUUUGACAAGAGUCCAACUUCAGUCGCCCUGAGUCCCUACAUUGCCGGGGAGGUUGUCAUCUCUACAGAAACCGGGGCAGCUUAUUUACUGUGGGCAGAUGGAAGAUUACAGCAGGUUGUACCUGACCAGGACAGCACCCUGAACUUUGUGUCUGACAACCCACAGAGAGCCUGCCACUUUGGUUCCCACCCUCGCCUGUUAGUCUACUCAGACAGCACUGGAGUGGAACUCAAAGAUGUCAGGUCCGGACCACAGAAUGACAGAAGACCCCUCUUUUCCCUUCCCUCAAGAUGGACAAUGAAAGGAGAGAGAGUCAUGUUCAGCAGAACUUGUCCCACAAACAGUUUUCAACACGUCAUCGCCAUGAAACGUUCACUUGUUAUCGUGGAUGAGAGGUUCCCCCAGAAUCCUUUGGUGAAGUGGAGUCACAUGAUGAAGUCUCCACCAGUGUUCAUGGACAUUGUCAGCUGUACAGCCCACAAUUUGAACAGUCAUGUGAUCCUUCUAGCCAAUCAGAGACCACAGGAAACCACCUGUUUUCAGUAUGUAAAUGAGGGAAGCUGCCCACCUGUGUCUGUGAGGCAACCGUUUUCAGUAUCCAAAGUCAGCAGUUGGUUGCCAUGUUUGACAUCAUCACGACAGACUUUCUCAAACGGAUUUCUGGAAAGAAGACUUCAAAAACCUCUUAUUGGUGCUUGUUUUAUGAGACACAACAGCAAAGACUCAGGUUUUUCUGCCUUGCAGAUGACCUCCAUGGGGGACAUGUUCUACCAGAGUUUCAUCCCUGACAACAGGACAGGCAUAACAGCAGGCAGACCGACUGAAGCUGGACCAGUCAGUUUGUCACCAUUGUCUACGGAGAGGUGCUCAUCCUGGGUGGACAGAGUCAUUUCACAGAGCCAAGACCCAGAUGUUUGCUAUCCCAGUUUGACAAGAGUGCAGUACAAAGAUGUGGCCAAAGCCAAGCCUUUGGAAAGGAGUAGUUAUCGCCUGGUUCAAAUGAGGAAUGCUAAACCUCUUGCCAAAGCAUUCACAGCCGGCACAUCAAUCCACCCCAGCUGCACACUCUGUAAGCCCAACAGUGCAUUUGUAGACGUGGACAGCCAGGACGACAGCUGUCCAUCAUGUCAUCAUGACAUCAAGUUCAGCACAGGUCUGUCAGGGGUGCACAAGACCAACAGUGUCCUGACAUGUCAGAGUCUGGGGGACACAGAAGGAACACAACACCUACAGGCAAGCUAUGAAUUGAAUCUGAUUGACCCGACGGAGUCAAGUGAUCAUCUCAGCAUGGUGCUGUUGAAAACAUGGGAUGGAGACUAUGACCAGUACUUUGCAGAGAAGUCUGACAAAGGUGGAGAGGUAUCAGGGACAGCAGAGCAGGUGAGACCAGUGAAGAGAAAGCGACACCCCUCGGGUGACCAGGUGAUCACGUCCACCCCCGCCCGCCCUGAUGCCGCACCCCUGCCCUUCCUGUCACCGAUCUCCCUCCCCACCCCAGGAGGAGUCUCACCAUCCAAGUUCCACACAAACGACACCGACAUGUCUUUCAGCAUCACUCCCAAACCUAGAGCCUCCACAGGGAAAGCAAAGAAGAGGAAGUCCAUUAUGGGGUUCUAGCAACAUGUAUGCUUUAGGUUAUAUGAGGAUCUUAGAUACAUGUGUAGUUAGAUUGACAACAUCUACCUCCUGAACAUGAUCGCAAAAGUAUUCAGUGUAAUACUCGACCUACACAUACAAAUGUGGUGUGUGAUAUCUAGUAAGCAGUAGAUGCAAAUGACAGUUUUUUUAUUACAAUAGUAUCAUACGAAACAAUAUUUUUAGGUAAUAAAUUUGAGAAGGUAUUUUCCACUACCAGGUAUUGUGUAAUGUAAAAUUUCCCUUAGGUGGUUUCAGACACGUAUAAUGUGUAUAUACCUCAGACCAGGGAUUUCCCUUUUAAGGCAGACCUCAGAGCAGAUGCUAGUGUUAUUUUGUAAAAGCCCAAAUUUUAUGGUUGAUUCAUACAGAGAAGUGCUACAUUUAUUUUUCUAUGUAUGAUCAUAAUGUUAUUUUCUACUCAUUUUAAUAGCAGUAGAUAUUCUUGGUACAUGUAUAUACUAGUACAUAUAUUUCACUUUAUCAGAUGCAUAUUUUAGAGUAGGGCAAUUCUUUUCUAGAUUUGAAUAGUUAUCAACAGCAUUU